AUGGACUCGUUUUGGGUCUUAAAUGCCUCCAAGUCGACUACCAGAAACAAUAUUCCAGGUUCUGCCUCAUGGAUAGCAUCUGAACUAGAAAACUUGAACCAUGAAACAAUCCAAUCUGUUGAGAAUUUCUACAACCACACCUUGACAGACAACUUCAAUUGGCUCGAGCAGCAGAUGAACGAAAUCUUGGAUCCCACCGUCAAUCCAAAUUCAAAUGAAAAUAUCGCUUUGUUGCUCAAGUCUCCCAAAAAAUACAAGGAAUCAAAGAACACUCAAAAUCAAACCAACGCAAGUCAAAAUGUUGAAAAAUUUGACAAAUUUGAUAUUGAAACCAAUAGAAAUACUUUGCUCAUCCAGGAAAAUUUGAAAAAGGAUACAACAUUCAAUAAAAAUGCAUAUUUCAACAAGAACAAUAGCUCACUAAAUGAAACAGCAAACAAAUUGGUUCCUCAACAUUUGGAUUUUGAAAAACUAAAAAUAAUUGAUGAUCCUGAGUUAUCUCCAAUAAAAUUGCUGCCAAUAAAAACAAAUAACUUAUCUCCCAUCAAACUACUGCCAAUAAAGAACAACAGUUUAACAUUCAACACCAAUAGCAGAAUAGUUUUUGAUAAUACCAAUACAGAAUUAAAACUAAAAGAUCCCUUUGUUAAAUUCAAGUCUAUCAAAAACACCGAUCCUUCAAUUUCUUUAUCCUUUCGAUCUUUGGGUAGAGUGAGGCUCGAUCCACCACAGUUGGAUAAAGCAUUAUAUGCUCAACCUUCUCCAGAACCUUCACCUAAAAAGUUAUUUGAAAUAUUUGAUAAUUUUGACAAUUUCUAUAAAAACGGUGAUCAAUAUACCACCACAACAAUUUCUUCGAGUUCUUUAAAUCCUGUGGCUGAAAAAUCCUUGACUGAAAAAUCGUAUCAAAAUCAGCAGCUAGAACUUGGUUUAACUAAAAUCGAUCUCAAUGAUAUAUUAGAAUCAACCAACUAUAAAUUGAAUCUGACCAGUUUGUUUCAUAGUAUCAAUAACAUUAAAAACAUUGCAAACAAUACAAACAACCAUGACAAAAACUCUGAUUCAUCAGAUUCAAUUUAUAAAGACGCAAACUUAUCAAUACUCGAAAAAAAAAUGGAUACUGAAAUAAAUAACACAAAAAGCAAAAUUAAUAAAAACAUUAAUACUAAUGAUAAAAAUAAUAAAAGGAAACCACAAAAUAUAAAUAAUUAUAAUUUGACCUUAUCUUCCUCAAGCUCAAUGAGUUCCUCAACUAAUGGAACUGAUGAAACUUCUCUUAAUUCUGAAAAAUCAAACCCACUCAAGAACAGUUCUAGCAAAAGUAACUCAAGUGAUUUUAAAGAUAGACCUCAUACCCCAAUUUCUAACACUAAUAUACCCAUAAAAAAAAUUGGUUUUAAAGAAAACUAUAUAAUCGAUACCAGCAAAAAACAAGAUAUUAAUAAUAUCAAUGAUAAUAAUAUUCACAAUAACCAACCCGAAAUACCCUAUCAAAUUAUUAGAGAGACUACAAAAAUUGAAUAUAACGAUAAAAUAUCUGAUAAUAAAAAAGAAAAAGAAAAAGAACAACCUAGAAACCGUUCUUUAUCAAGAAAAAGUUCAAAUCCAAGAUUAUCAAUGACAACAACAAUGCAUUUUGCUUCUCUUCCAACGCGUGAACCAUUAUCAAUUAAAUCAAAGCGAAAAACUCUAUCUGAUUCUCUUGACAUGUCAAAUAUUGAAUACCAUAAUGUUAACUUAACUCCGUCAAAGAACCCAAUUAAUAUCUCAAAACUGAGUGAUAUAAUAGUUGAUGAAAUAUUUAAACGAACAAACAAUGUCAACUUUUCACCUAAACACAAUGAUAUUACCGAUUCUAAUAACAAUAUCAAUAAUAAUAAUAAUAAUAAUAAUAAUAAUAAUAAUAGUAAUAGUAAUAAAAUUUCCAAUAAUAUAGAUAAACAAAUAUCUGAAGGAAUUUCAAAACAAUUUAGUUUAAUAUCAAAAACAAUAUCACAAAUCGAGCAGAUAUCUAAAAUAAAAACAAACGAAUCAUAUGGAAAUAAGGAUAAUGAAACAAAUAAGUUAACAUUAGAUGUGUGCUUAUCAAAGAUAAUUCCUAGUGGAAGUUCAUCUGGAAUUUCAACAAAUCCUUCAACUUCAUUUGAGUCUACAGACUUAGAAAAACUAGAAAAAGUUUCAUUGAGUGACGAUGUUAAGAAAAUGGUGAAGCUUAACCGGAAAAACAUCAAUAAAGAGUUGAAAGACGUUAAAAAGCACAAACACGAUAAUUAUGAAAAUGAAAGUAGAGUUGAUAUUAAUGAAGUUGAGAUUAAAAAAGAAGAAUUAAACAAAAGAGAAGAAUUGAAUAAAGAAGGAGAAUUGAAUAAAAUUAAUUCAUUAGAUAAUAAAAUGAGUAAAAUGGGAACUAUUGAAAUUAAAAAAACUACAUCAAAUUCGAGUAAUAAUGGAGUUUCCAAUAAUUUAUUUUCGAAUACAUUUAAUAAAGCCAAAAGAAUAUUUUUUGGACAUUCCCAUCAAAAUUCUAUAAAGAUAAAUGAAAAAAACAGUUUGAUAAAGUCCAAUGAAAAGAUAUUUUCUGAAAAAAAGGCAUUUCAGCCAAAGUUUACUCCAUUGAAAAAAAGCAAUACAGUUCAAUUGAAGCCGUAUAGAUCAUUAUCACCAGUUAAAUUUCAACCCAAAGAUAAUUUUGGAUUUAAUGGAAAGAGGAUGAAUAGAAGUCAAAGUCCAGUUCGGAAUAAUAAUAGUAAUAGUAAUAGUAAUAGUAAUGUGACACCAAAUAGAAUAAUUAUCAAAAAUGAAGAUUUAAUAUCUAGAUUAAUGACACCGACUGAAGCUAGUUCAGCUAAAAAGAAGGUGUUUACAAGUCGAUUUAAUACUAUAAAUGAGAGUUCCAAUUUGAAGAAGAAUGCGAAUAGUAAAUUUAAUAAAAAUAGUAAUAUGGAGUUAUUGAGGACCUCACCAUCCAAGCUCCCGUUAUUAAAGAACUCGCCAUCCAAGAUUCCGGUUUUAAAGAAAUCACCUAUCCGAGGACAAGAGGUGGUGGAAUAUAAAUUUGUAAGGAAUGGAAUAAGAAAGAAUAAUAAUAAUAAUAAUAAUAAUAAUAAUAAUAAUAAUAANAAUAAUAAUAAUAAUAAUAAUAAUAAUAAUAAUAAUAAUAAUAAUAAUAAUAAUAAUAAUAAUAAUAAUAAUAAUAAUAAUAAUAAUAAUAAUAAGAAUGAACAAGUUCGGACACCACCUCGUAAAAGGGUUGAAGCAGAAAAACGGUUGUCUACAGUUGUAUUGAAAGAAUUUAAAUUGAGUCCCAAAAAGACCUCACCAAUUAGGAGUAAAUUUAAGGAAUAUGGCGAAAGAGAUAGUAAGUCACCAUCUAGAAUUCCUGUAUGUAUAAAGACGAGCAAAGAAGAAAAUGGAUUGGGAGAUAAAAAGAGGAAGCAGAAUGAGGUACAUGAUAAACCUAGAAAGCGAGUUUCAUCGGGAAAGCUUUUAUUGAAAAAUAAUGAUAGAGUGAUUUAUAAUGAUAGAGUGAUUUAUAAAGCUAGAUUUAUUGAUAGUGAUGAGUUUAAGACACCGAUGAAGCGCGAUGGAGUAGGGAGGAUUAUGAAUGGAGUUUGUGUGAAAAAUGAGAAAGGCAAAGAAAAUGUGGAAUGUGAGCAUUUGAGACAAAAUCAUUUCCAGAGACAAGUAUAUAGUCAGAACAAGUUGAGGAGUCAUAAUCAUCUUUUGAAGCACAGUGUUAGCACUAGUACUAGUACUAGUGCUAAUAAUAAUAAUAAUAAUAAUAAUAAUAAUAAUAAUAAAUUUAAUGGAUCAAUUUUGAUGAAGAAUACAUUAUUGAAAAAUGCAGUAUCGCUUGAAAGAUUAAAUUCGUAUAAGAAUGGAAGUAGUACAAGUGAUAGUAAUAAUAGUUACAAUAGUUAUAAUAGUAAUUUGAGUGAGGAGGAGAUUCGAAAGAUUGAGAGAUUGAACACACCAAUUGACACUUCAAACAAUAGCAUAUUGGAUAACCAAUCGUUUAAUGGGACAUUGCCGGAGAUUUGUUCUGAAUCUGAGGAUGAUGAAGAAGGGAAGGUACUAAAAGGAUGGGCAAAUUCGCCGGAUUUACGACGAUUGUUAAUCAAACAGAGAGGAAUUGAUCCUGAAUCAUUGUUUGGACCAAUUGAGCCCCCGAGGAUGUCGGAUAUUUUCAAUCAGAAAGAUAAAUCGAAGAACCGAAGCUCGACAGGAAUUUGGAAUGGACAGGACGUAUUAAAUUUUCAGGAGAUUGAAAGUUACAAGAAACGGAUGGGAUACAAGAGACAUGAGAAGUGA